AUGGCCGACGCACAGGUCCUCACCCCGGACCAGAUCCAACAGAUCCUCGCCGCGCAGCAACAGCAAGCCUCCGCCUCCUCCUCAUCAGCACCGGCACCAGCAGUCCCGUCGCAGCACCGACUCAAAACGUCCUUCAAGAAGCGUCGUGCCUUUGAGCCUUUCUACACUGGCGGCGCAACCGCUCUCACUCCCGAUGGCUCGCUUCUCUUUGCGACGCUCAACGAGCAGGUCACUGUCGUCGAAGUAACAACCGGUAAUGUGGUGCAGCGGAUCGAAGGUGACACAGAAGAGGUCACGUCGCUGGCUGUGACGCCAUCAGGAUCGCACCUCGUAGUAGCAUCGCGGUCGCUGGCGUUGCGCAUCUACUCUCUGCCCGAAUGCAAGCUCGUCCGCAGCAUACCGAAGAGCCAUCUCAGCCAGGUCAACCUCAUGGAUGUCGACCCCACCAGCACUCUACUCGCUACUGGUGGAUCCGACGGUGUGGCGAAAGUAUGGGACAUCGAAGGUGGCUUUUGCACACAUGCGUUCAAGGGACAUGCGGGUGUUGUAUCUGCUCUUGCAUGGAACCUCCCACCCUCAACCUCUGCUUCGAGCCCCGCCAAGAAGAACAAGAACAAGUCCAAAGCACCCCAAAACGCCAGGACCAUCCAGCUCCUCACCGGCUCGGUCGACGGCAAAGUGCGCGUAUGGGACCUCAACAACCCCUCCGAGACGCACAAGCCCAUCGCCACGCUUGCGGGCCACGACUCGGUCGUCCGUGGCAUCGCCGUCACCGAGGACGGAAACACCAUCGUCACCGGUUCGCGCGAUCGUACCCUCGUUGUGUGGCGCCUGCCUGUUGCCAAGUCUGGCGCUCCAGCAGCUGCGUGGAAGCAGGCCGAGACGCUCUCGGCAAACGAAGGUGUUGAGUCGGUUGGAUUCCUUCCAUCAGGCUCGUUUGGCAGCUCGAAGCGCGAGCCGCAGCAGAACGUGUUUUGGACCGGUGGUUCUGACGGGCAGCUCCGACUGUGGGAUGUUUCUUCAUCAAGCAUCAUCGCCAAGGAGCCCAAGGGCUUCAACGAGCAACUUGUGCAACAUGCCAAGCAGGACCGUGCUAAGCGCGCCAUGGCUGCCGGUCGUAGCGCAGCCGAUGUCGCAGAUGCGGAUGAGGAGGAGACGCGCGCCAUCACCGCUGUCCACCUCGUUUCUCCGGACGACUCGACACCAUGCUUGGUCUCAGUGCACGCAGAUCAGAACAUUGUCGUCCGAUCUGUUGGCGGUGAUGACGCAGCACCGCUCAAGAAGGUGCGCCAGCUAAUUGGAUUCAACGAUGAAAUCGUCGAUCUGGCGCUUCUCUCUACCUCCGCCGCGGACGCCACCGAGGAAGAGUCGCACCUGGCAGUGGCGACCAACAGCAGGUCGCUUCGAGUCUACACAUUGGGCGCGGAGGACGAGACCUCGGUGGAGCUUCUAGCGGGGCACACGGACAUCGUACUGUGUGUCGACAAGUCGCCGGAUAUGAGGCUGCUCGCCUCGGGUGCCAAGGACCGAACCACGAGAAUUUGGGCAUGGGUGCCAAAAUCGAGGCUGUCCUCGCUCGCAGAUGCCGAGAAUGGUGCCGACGAUGCCGGCAAGAAGGUUUCUCGAAGCAACGGUCAUUUCUCUAGCGUGGCCGAAGACGACAACGAGGGCGAGUGGGUGUGCGUCGGAGUCUGCGAAGGGCACGCCGAGUCGGUCGGUGCCAUCGCUUUCGCCCGUCGUCCCUCCGCCCCCGGCGCGCCUGGCGCCCCAUUCAUCGUCACCGCCUCCCAAGACCGCACCGUAAAGCUCUGGGACCUAUCACCCAUCAACACGCUCCUCGCCUCCACUCGCCCCCUCGGUCAGCCCAUCGCGCUCAAGAGUCUCGUCACGCAACGUGUCCACGAGAAGGACAUCAACUGCCUCGACAUCUCCCCCAACAACGCCAUGCUCGCCACAGGCUCCCAGGAUCGCACUGCCAAGAUCUUCAGCCUCUCCUUCACCCCACCUUCCGCCUCCAACAAGACGGCCUCGGCGCGACUGACGACGCUCGCCACGCUCAAGGGCCACAAGCGUGGCAUCUGGGCCUGUCGCUUCUCCUCCUCCGACCUGGCCCUCGCCACCGCUUCGGGAGACAAGACCAUCCGUCUCUGGUCGCUCAAAACGUUUUCCUCCGUCAAACUCUUCGAGGGCCAUACGAAUAGCGUGCUCAAACUUGCCUUUCUGUCGAACGGCAUGCAGCUCGCCUCGUGCGCCGGCGAUGGCUUGGUCAAGGUGUGGAACAUCAAGGAGGAGGAGUGCGCCACGACGAUCGAUGCGCACGACGACAAGGUGUGGAGCAUCGCGGUGGCCAAGUCCGAGGCAUGGCUGGUGAGCGCUGCUGCCGACGGUGGCGUGAGGGUGUGGGAGGACAGGACGGAGGAGGAGAAGGAGGAGAAGCGGCAGGAACGGGAAGAGGAGGUGCGCAUGGAACAGGAGUUCGGCAACAUGCUGACGAGGAAGGAUUGGAAGAACGCGAUCCAUCUGGCGCUGCAGAUGGGUCAGCCGAGGAGGUUGUUGGGUCUCUUUACGCAUGUUGGGAACAACCGGCCGGAGGUGGUCGAGCAGAACGGCAAGAGGAAUGGCUUGUUGGCCAGCGUGCUCGCUACUGCUGAUAGCGAUGAUGACGAUGACGAUCUCAUGAAGUUCGGAGAUGACGAUGGCGAUGCGGCGCUCCAAGCUGCCGGCAUCCGACGGCGUCGUGGUGGCAAAGCGUCCGCCCAGGUCAACGGCACUUCCGCCCCGUCUGCUUCGGACGCAGACGCCAACUCGAUCACGGGUCUCGCCUCGAUCGACUCGAUCAUCUCGACCCUUCCACCGCCGCUUCUCAUCCAACUCCUCAUCUACAUUCGCGACUGGAACACCUCGACGCGCACCUCGCCCGUUGCGCAAACGCUGCUCCACGCCAUCCUAUCCACCCACACUGCCGCUUCGCUGCUCUCAAUCUUCGCCGAGUCGACAAAAUCGCAUCGAGCAGCGUUGGCGUCGAGGCUGGAGGACGAGGAGCUGGGCAUCACCGCAGCGGUGAGCGAUAAGGAGAAGGCGCGACAGAGGAGGCUCGACAAGGAGAGGAAUGUCGAUCUGGGCACGCUGGUCGAGGGGCUCUUGCCUUACACCGAGAGGCAAUGGGCCAGGGCGGAUCGAACGUUGAUCGAGGCCAGCAUGUUGGAGUACAGCGUCGAGGCGAUGGACACGCUGAUCGGGUUCGAUGACGAGGACAUGCAGGAAGAGGGCAAAGAGGAGACGUUCGGAGAGCAGAUUGACAUGGAGGAGGAUAGCGACGCGGAUGAGGAUGAGGAUAUGUCGGAUUCUUCGUGA